AUAGGGGUGUGAUGUGACAUCCAAUCUCCAGUCCCAUCCAUCCCGGCCAAACCAAAAUUCAAAAUAAGUAGUAUCCCAAAAGUACAUAUUUACCCAUUUCUUGUUUCAUAUGCUUCAAAAAAAAAUAAAUAAAUAAAUAAAUAAAUCUUGUUUCAUAAAUAACAUUACAUAUUCCCAGUCCCUUAGCUCAGUACAUCAUUUUCAUUCCCACUUCUUCACAAAUGAAUCCCUCUCUUCAGAUCUUAUCGCUCCCUCUUAACCAUUUCCAUCACAUCCCCGAACCUUUCAGAGAUCUCUCUCCCUGAUUUCACCCUAAAUUUCAUUUUUAGCCGUCAGGAAGAAGAUAUCUGGCUGUAAAUGUCAAAUUUAGGGUUUUUUAAUGGGAUUUUUUCUUCAAUUGAUCCAUUUUUUUGCAUCGUUGAAAUCGAUUUAGAAAUUUAUUGAUUAGAAGAAGAUGUUUGGUCCGUUUGGAGUAACAAUCACGAAGAAGAAGAAGAAGAGGAGGAGGAGGAUGAUGAGAUGAAACACGAUGAAGAAGGAAACGGGAAAUCAAAUAAUCCAACGACGGCAACGCCAGAGAAGAAUUACACUGAGGAAAUUAGAUCCUUCACUGUUGAUUUUAUCAAUUUUGUUUGCUAAAGUUGAAGGUGGUAGUUAUUUGCCGGCGAUGAUUUUUCGGCUCUUGUAGAAGAAGAAGAAGAAGAAGAAGAAGAAGAAGAAAUGUAUAAACAGGUAAAUCUCAUUCAUUGUUGAUUUUAUCAAUUUUAUUUGAACUUAUUUUGUGCUGCUAUGUUAUCCUACACCACAGCAUUAGCUUUAUCCUACACCGCUAACCUCAGCUGCCACCCAAUAGAUUCUUGUUGGCUGCGGAAAUAAAUUGACUGAAAAUUAUUUGGGCAGGCACCCAUAACAGUUUGUUUUUAGGCGGGUCUGUUGUUGUUUUGAAAUAUAUAGACUGAUCAGCAAAAGUUUAAGCGUUUCUAUUCUUUUGUUUCUUUUCUUCAUCUAAGCAGAGAAAAAAUAUCUUUAAGACCUCUGAAACUACUUGAAUUGGAUUAUCAAGUUCUUAAUUAGUUAAGUAUUCCACCAUAUUGUGUUCUUACUUAGAAGACUUUGUAUACUUGCAAAAGCUACAACCUGCUCCCUAAUCAUUCUCAGAGGUAUGUAUAAUGUAAUGUUUGAUGAAAUUUACUGGUUAUUAUGAUUGAAUUGAAUCAUUUAGAUGAUGAUUGAAGAUGGGUUUUCUCUAUAUUGGUUAAAUUUUAAUGAAAACCAUAGGUUCUUGAGAAAUUUUCUUUAAUUUUUCAAGAACCCUUGCAAAAGUGCAUAUAUAUAUAUAUAUAUUGUAAUGUUUGGUGAAAUUUACUGAUUGUUAUGAUUGAAUUGAAUCAUUUAGAUGAUGAUUGAAGAUAGGUUUUCUCUAUAUUGGUUAAAUUUUAAUGAAAAUCAUUUAGAUUGAAUUUACUGAUUUUUAUGAUUGAAUUGAAUCAUUUAGAUGAUGAUUGAAGAUGGGUUUUCUCUAUAUUGGUUAAAUUUUAAUGAAAAUCAUAGGUUCUUGAACAUUAAUUAUGUUGAUUUGUGAUGGAAAUUUUCUUUAAUUUUUCAAGAACCCUUGCAUAAGUGCAUAUAUAUAAUGUAAUGUUUGAUGAAAUUUACUGGUUAUUAUGAUUGAAUUGAAUCAUUUAGAUGAUGCUUGAAGAUGGGUUUUCUCUAUAUUGGUUAAAUUUUAAUGAAAACCAUAGGUUCUUGAACCUUAUGAAGUUGAUUCUUGGAUGGAAUUUUUUUCUUGAUUUUCAAGAACCCCAUAGUCUGAUGUUGUUUCUUGCUAGUUCUAUAAAUUUUGGAAUGUUAAUGAUGAGAGAAUGCUUCUGAAACAAUUUUUGAUAUGAAACUUGGGUUGUCUCUUAAUUCCUGGAUAUUUAAGAAGCAAUUGGUAGUGUAUUGUAAGUUCAUUAGUUUCUUUUAAGUUGGUUAAAAUUCUACAUAUGAUAUCUCUUUGUUUUCCCAACUAUUGAUACAGAGAAGACCUGGGAAACCAACAAAUGGCUUCUUGGUUGGACAUGUUUUAAUUUUCUUUAUAUAAUUAUAUUAUGUAGACAAUGUUUAGCAUGCAAAUUUCUGCAUAGACAAUGUCCAGAAGGGUGUGGUUAUGUUCCACUGUUUCGUUCAUGUUUCAAUGUACCGAGAUUCCGAAUAGGAGAUGCAGCUUCCCCUACUGAUAGACAGCAAAUAGAAGAUCGUUUAACGGAGAGCACGAAAUAUUUUGAAACAAAAGCCAGAACUGAUGAACCUGCUUUUGGGGCAACAGGAGUCCUUAUAGGAUUAGAUCUGCGUAUGAGAGAUGAAAUUAGCCGCUUUAAUACUAUUGUAGGCAUGAGUCGCUUCUUUUCCAUUAGAGGCAAUGUCGUGUAUGUUUCUCCACCAGGCACUGAGAAUUAUUUCGUCCUAAAAGAUACAGAAAUACUUAAACAGCAACAUCUAGCUUGUCCUGUGUGCAUGUAUCUACCACUGAAGUGUGGGGAGAAUUGUCCAACUGUUCGAUUCUUUGAAGCAGGCGAAUCUGCAGAUUACAUCAGAAAGUUUUAUAAACUACUUUUGGGCCCAACAGCUGUGUUGCCUGAUCACCCUAAUCUUCAGCCAACUGAUGACAUAGCGGAUAUAAGGAUUAAAGCAUUGGAGCUCCACGAUCCUGUUUAUGGGAUGACUGGAAUAAUUUUAUCAACGUACAGGGACUGGUGGAACCUUAAUCACUGGCUUAAUUUGAUUGAGAGAGAGCAACAGCAUCGGAGUGUGCAGAAUUUGUCUACUGGUCCAACUGGUUCUUCCGACAUUAGUACAGACAAAGGCAAAGAGAUUGUGACCCCAGAAUCAAUAAAAGUGGCGCAUGAUGAAUGUAGCGCAAAAUUGAUAGAUAUGGAAGAUUUUGAUGAGUCUCGUUACAGCAGAGAAGAAGUGUUGGGGAAGUAUAUGGAGUUCCUACACGAAUGUAGCACUUACGCAUCAAUCCUGCAGCAACCACAAGAAUGGAAUUAUUCUUUCCGCCCUCAACAAGGAGAAUCCUCAAACAGUUCUCCUUUAAGUUCAGGUCCAACUGGUUCUUCCGACAUUAGUACAGACAAAGGCAAAGAGAUUGUGACCCCAGAAUCAAUAAAAGUGGCGCAUGAUGAAUGUAGCGCAAAAUUGAUAGAUAUGGAAGAUUUUGAUGAGUCUCGUUACAGCAGAGAAGAAGUGUUGGGGAAGUAUAUGGAGUUCCUACACGAAUGUAGCACUUACGCAUCAAUCCUGCAGCAACCACAAGAAUGGAAUUAUUCUUUCCGCCCUCAACAAGGAGAAUCCUCAAACAGUUCUCCUUUAAGUUCAGUUCCUCACAGAAUGAACCAGCCAUCAGCUGAUCAGUUGCGUAAUACAACACUGCUACAAAGACAACAGCAACUACCUAGAGUCUCGCAACAAACUCAGCAACAAAUACCAGAGAAUGUUCCACAAAAUGUAGCAUCACAGCUACAACAACUGGCAGCUCCUUCUCUUAGUCAGCAAGCCGCUUCAUCAUCAUCAAGAACAGCAACUUCGUCUCAACAAGGAUCGAGCAGUAGCACAGGAACACUACCAACGAAUACUACCACAGACUCUAUAUAUAAACCUAUAAGGAACUGGUGAUAUCAUUAGGGACUAUGGAAGUUCGUUGCAGCACUAAACUAUUGAAGAUACGGAAAGAUCGGGUUAUGGAUGUUUCACUAGAGAUGGACUUAGCUAGCUAGUUCUUGCUCACCCAUUGUCCAUAGCCCCUCAGCUAUAGUUUAGUACCUAUAGCAAAGAAAAAGAACUCGGCGAUGGCUUAGUAUGUAUGUUUGAUGUAGUGGCAGUAGUAACUUUGACAUUCUAGUUUACAUUCCUACCUAUAUCAAUACCAUCAUCCCUAGCUUUAAUUUCAUGUCUUCGGUACUUUUAUCA